AUGGAACUACUCACAAGGCUGAUGAAAACUCUUAGACAGCCCUCGACCGGUUUCGCCCUUCUUGGGGCUUAUCGUGAAAACCAAACUCAUUUCCAAAUAAAGACUCUUCUGCUUCCGUUGCUAAAAUUCAUACGACAAACUGCGAUUGCCCACGUUCGUAGCGUCAACGAGUGCACACGUCUGACUGGCACAGUGCAGUGUCAACGUCCGCACACAAAACAACGGCGAGAGGAAUGUUGGCUCUGUAGCUUGGAUUGCGGUCGUCUCUUCCGACGACAGUCUCCUGAUUCUUAUUGGCGGUGCGUUUACACGGAACUCAUGAGGAAACAAGUCAAAGCACGCUCAGCAAGCGGGCACGAACGCGAAAGGGUAAUUGGGUCAGCUGCUCACAGACAGGCGCUAAUUCACAAUUGUCGGACGGGGCGGCCUUUAAAGCAA